AAGACCCAUGAAUGCAAACAAAGAAAGAAUAGCGAGACCGCAUAUCAAAAGGUUUGGAACCCAAGCUUACCUUAUUAUUAUGAAAAGGGGAAGGUUUGAGAAAGGGUAGUAGGUGUAGGUCUUUCCAGCUGGAUUCAUUAAUGCAAUGGAACUCCAGAACUUGAAGAACUGGCCUUGGAAGGAAAUCUUUAUUCAAAUCAUAAUCUUUCGGAAGCUGGCAUCGCUAGUUGACUCCUCCUCGUCGACAGCCAGCAGUUGUCGGACUAGCCUUCAUUGUCUUCAGCCUAGCUGCCUUGUCUUAGCUAGCCCUUUCGGACUAGCCUUUUGAAGCUUUCUCGCUUCCCCCUAAAGGGGAAGACCCGCUAAGGCACGGCGAACAGCAAGAGCUAAUACCCUAUCUCUUAAUCUGCCUUCAGACGGGAUGCUCUAGUUGCUGCUGCUCUUAGCUGAAUGCCUUGCUUCGCCCUACAGCUAGUGGAGACAACGACUAAUAAGAUUGACGACAGGAGAACACCCUGGCUUGACUACUUUUCUGUUAUGACUUUCUAGGCCUGGACUAAUGCUUCCUUAUGUCUGCCAUUAGCUUAAGGCUAGUGUAACGGAGGGCUUCCUCGCAAGAAGCUUUAUAGUCAGGGGUGAAACGGCUUGUUUGGCUUUCUUCUUUCUGACUACAAGGACUAAUGACCUUCUUUCUUUUCCGUACGCUAGGGCCGCUCGCACGCUUUAAGGGCGGUUGAAGGUAUUGCACUAAGAAAGACUCCUGCCGUUGCUAAAGGUCAGAUUUGAAAGCGGCUCAAACAAUUUCUUUAAAAAAAAGAGCAAGCAAGAUAAGGCUUUUCAACCGUAUCGCGCAGGGGCGCUCAAGCGCCCUAUCUUACUAAGAAAAAGAAAGGGGCUCGAAAGCUGCGAAGAAAGUCGAGCUGCUCUAAUCGAGCUGUGAAAUCGGUCUGGUGAGGUAUUGGAAGUGUUCAGCGAAUAUAGAGAAAGAGACUCAAAAAACCGCGCUAUACUGGCAGAGCUUCAGCAAAAGGAGGUAGGUAGCUUUCGCUAAUGAGAGAUGGGUUUGGGGAUUAGGUCUCCUAAUUCAUGGAAUUCUCUCCCAGAGCAGCGGAACUAACGACUCUAUUAGAAAGUAGAAUUACCAACUUUUAUACGAAUUUUCAAGUGGAUGAGAUUUUGCAAGGAAUAAUAGACUUACAUCACGAUAUCUUUUUCUUCCUCAUUCUGAUUUUGGUUUUGUGUACAGGAUCUUGGUUCGUGCUUUAUGGCAUUUCCAUUAUCCAAAAAUCCAAUCCCGCAAAGGAUUGUUCAUGGAACUACUAUCGAGAUUCUUCGGACCAUAUUUCCUAGUUCUUUGGUUAUUCCUUAAAUGGGGGAUAACAACCGCUUAUGCGGCCACUCCUUCUGAGGAGGCCCUAUUGACCCAUUACUUGUCCUACGAGGAGGACCCUGCUCAAACAAAAGGGGAAUCCGAAAGGUAUUUUAAAGGAAUUUCGGAUUUCUUAUAGUGGAGGGAGCGGGAGGGGAGAAGACUCAUUUUUCAUUCUAUAUAGGGGGGAGCUAUUGUGAAGCCUAGAGAGGCGGAAGCGGCAAAUUGCUUCUACCGAGUUCCCCAACAGCAGCAGAGCUUAGUAGCUUAACUAUUUUGACUGGCGUGGCGCUGCUGGAUGCUUCUGAUCAAUAGGAAGAGGAGGAAAAAAACACUUAUGAUGAGCAUCUAUUUGAGUCGAUCAUUUCCAAGAUCUAAUUCCAGUUUUUUCUUAUGUAGUGGAAACGCCUUACAAUCUGAAGUUUUACGCUUAAGGGAAGAAAUUUGCUUGGUGGAUGCAGGACUUGGGACCCCCAGAAUUUGUAUGCAAGAUGAGCCUACAGGAGUGCCAAUCAACCGAGCCACCAGGUUUGAGAAUAAGGUGGGAUCCCUGGAUGUAGUGGCUGGUGAAUCACUGAUUAAAAAGAGGAUUUUGGAGAGAUUCUUCAUCGAUCUAGUGGCCGGUGAAUCACUGAUCAAAGAGCGAGCAGCCGCCAGGUUUAAUGAUUUGGUGGGAUCCCUGGAUGUAGUGGCUGGUGAACCGCUUCUUCUUCUUCCACGAAGAUUCAGACAAAACCGAGCUUGGAUGGAACUGAACAAGAUUUGGCGAAGAAAUACAAAGGUAAAAGGCUUUCUUUUUGAGAAAAUCAAAGGAGGUUAUUCAGUAGCCAUCGCGGGUUUCCUGACUUUUCUUCCCUUUCGUCGUAAAAUCAAAAGUAGAUCGAAUGAUCGAUUCACCAUUGAGAGCAUUAACCCCAAAAGGAAAAAGAUUGUGGUCUUCCAAUCGCGGAAGAUCAAACAACAAGAACUUGAUGAGCGAAAUCUGCUGACGAAAAAAAAGAGCUAUUUUUUCAAUUCCGAAGCCUAG